AUGCCCGCUGCAUUUGGUUCACUAUAUUCCAUUAGAAUCCUCUCCUUGAGGUCAAAUAAAUUCAACGGGUCAAUUCCUGAAGAGAUUAUUCAUUUCUCUAAGCUUCAGAUUUUAGACUUGUCGAGUAACUAUUUCAGUGGGCAACUCCCUAGAAGAAUAGGAAACUUGGAGAUGCUAACCAGUAGACCUAAUAGCACACUCUUGCUUGAAUACGGUGUUGACGUGAAACUGGAAAUGGUGAUUAAAGGGAUUGCGAUACAGCUUGAAAAUUUGUAUGAUUAUACGAGUGUCGGAAACAUGACAGGCUUAGAGUCCUUGGAUUUGAGUUUCAACAAACUGUUUGGAAAAAUACCAGAGUCUUUGGCAUCACUAGAUUCUCUUGGGUUUCUGAAUUUGUCUUACAAUAACUUGAGUGGCAGGAUCCCAAGAGGACUUCACUUAGAUACAUUAAGCGGAGAUGGUUCUGCAUAUGUCAACAACAGUUUUCUAUGUGGGAUCCCUACAAAUAACAUUUGUGAGGGUGAUCAGGGUACUAAUACUACUGAUAUUUCGAGUCCUCCAAAUGAUUUUGAAGAAGAUGCAAAAGAGAAGUUGUUGUUAUGUGCCAUUGUCGCUGUGGGGUUUGUAGUCGGGUUUUGGGGUCUGUUCUUUGUUUUGCUGUUAAAGAAAGAGAAAUGGUGGUUUCCUUAUUAG